AUGGUUCGUUUUGCAGCUGAUGCUGUAGACCACAGAGGUUCCCCUGCUGACAAGUGUAAAACUGGAGGCUGGUUGCCGGCCACUCUCAUCUUAGGAGUCGAGUUCUGUGAGAGGCUAUCAACAAUGGGAAUAGCGGUGAACCUUGUAACCUACUUAACAGGAACAAUGCAUCUUCCAAGUGCUACUUCUGCCAACAUUGUUACUGAUUUCAUGGGAACCUGUUUUCUUCUAUCUUUGUUGGGUGGAUUUCUAGCAGACUCUUUUUUGGGAAGAUAUAGAACAAUUGCAAUUUUUGCAUCUGUGCAGAUCCUUGGCACAGGCAUGUUAGCUGUAUCAACUCUGCUUCCACAGUUUCGUCCGCCUCCUUGCCACGCACAAUCAACAACAAUAUGUGCACAAGCCAGCGUAUCCCAAAUGGCAAUGUUAUAUGCAUCUCUGUAUUUGAUAGCAGUUGGGACUGGUGGUUUAAAAUCGAGCGUAUCAGGUUUCGGAACUGACCAAUUUGAUGAGAAUGAUGGCAAGGAAAGGCCAGACAUGAACCUUUUCUUUGGUAGGUUCUUUUUCUUGGUUAGUCUGGGAACCAUGAUGGCUGUUACAGUUCUCGUGUAUGUCCAAGAUGAAGUUAGUAGAUGCUUGGGUUAUGGUAUUUGUUCUGUAUCCAUGUUGGUUGCAAUCUUUAUAUUUUUAGCUGGAACUCAGAAGUACAGAUAUAAGAAAACCUCAGGAAGUCCUUUAAUUCACAUUCUUCAAGUUCUUGUUGCUGCUGUAAGAAAGAGGGGCCUUCAGGUACCCAAGGAUGCAAAUUUGUUGUACGAAAUUUGCACAGAAUCAUUAAGAAUUCAUCACUCUGAUCAAUUCAAGUAA